AUGGUAACUGUGAUAGCAGAUAAAGAUGAUUUAACAACACCUGUUAAUAACGGUGUUAAUGCCGGUUUGAAUGAUAAUGAACGACCAUCACUAUAUAUUAAAGAUUAUCAAGAAGUUGAUUUUCAUCGAUCAUCUUCAUGUAAACCUUUACCUGAAGAUUUAUUUGGAACAGCCAAUGAUCGUAAAAUGAAAUCUUCGAUCAAAGGCACAUUUUUUGUGCAAAUCGAUGGUAUUGAACCUACAAUAGAAUUUAGUAAUAAUAAUCAACAAACAAAUGACAAUAGUUCUUUGCUUUUAACUCUAACAGAUGGCAUUAUAACUGUUAAAGGUAUUACAAUUGAUGAUAUUCCUGAUUUAAGUUUUAAUAUAAGACCCGGUUGUAAAUUAUUAUUAACCGGUGUAAUACCAAUCAAAGAUGGUUUAUUACAACUUACACAUGACAAUACACGUUUUCAAUAUGGUAGUAAUACAUAUCCUAGACCACGAUCUGCAUAUCGAGGACGUGGAGGUGGAUCUUAUCGACCCUCAUAUGAAGGACGACGUGGUGGUGGUGGUGGUAAUAAUAGUACACGACAUGAUAAUGAUGAUAAUGAAUCAAAUUUUCUUAAACGACCACCACCGAAAAAUACUUUAAUGGAUUUUAUGACUUCAUUAAAAAUCUCAAAUGAUACAAAACAAAUAAAUGAUAAUAAUGAUAAUCAAAAAUCAAAAGAACGUUUUGAAAAUAAACGUCAAAAUACUGAACAAUAUUAUCAAACAAAUAAAAUAAAUAAUGGUAUUAAUAAUACAACGAAUUCAUUAAUAACGACUAAUUCUAAUCAUUCAUAUCAAACAAAUAAUCAGAAUAAUUAUACAGAUCAAAUAACAUUUCAACAAGAUCCUAUUAAUAAUGAUCAACUUGAAUCUGAAGAUGAUCCAUCUCAUUCAAAUUAUCGUGAAAGAAGAAAUCCUUUACCACCUAGACUUCAACGUGCUCAUGAAGAACGAACACGUCGAAAUACAAAUCGUUAUUAUGAUGGAUCAAUAUUAGUAUCUGGAGGUGAACUAAAUGAUAAUUAUCAUAAUGGUACAACAAAUAAUCAUUCAUUGUCUUCCUCAUCAUAUUCACGACGUGGUGAUCAAACAUCCUAUUUACCGAAUAAUUCAUCAACAAAUCAACAACAUUCAACAGCUCUUAAUUAUGUUCCACAUGCGAAUAUGCUUGCAACUGUUAAUGGUUCAACACCAACGCAUCUUGCUUAUUUCCAGACUAAUCCAGGCCCAUUAGCAUAUAGUUUAUCUGGUAUUCCAAAUGCAUCAUUUCAUAAUCAACAACCAUCUAUUGGUCCUUCCUAUACAAAUGAUCAUUUAACAUAUUGUUAUGGAACUCCAUAUGCACCUCCAACUUAUCUUCCAACAACAUCUACAAAUGGUUUCAAUAAUGAUUCAAAAGCUUAUAAUAAUCCAUCUGUUUUACAAACAAAUUCAUCUGUUGAUGAAAAUGAAAAAAAAUCAACAAAUGAAUCCCAACAAGAUGAUAAUAAUAAUGAUAUUGAAAAUAAAUCUCAAUCUUUAUCAAGCGAACAAAAAGUAAAUUCAGCAUCAUCAGCAUCAUCAACUUCAUCAUCAAAUGAUGGAAAUACUAAUUCUCAACAGAUUGUUAAUGAACAACAUGAAGAUAAACAACGAGAUUCACACCCAAAUCCACGACCACGUUGGAGAAUAGGUGAUGUAUGUUUAGCACGUUGGAAUGAAGAUCGACAAUUUUAUCCUGCUAAUAUUGUUCAAAUUCAACCUCCUUAUUGUACUGUUGUAUUUCGUGAUUAUAAUAAUUACGAACAAGUACAUUUUGGUGAUUUGAAAAUAUUUCCACGUGAUCAACAAUAUUAUCAAUUGAUUCCACCAGUAGUCGGGCCAACAUCUGAUUUAAAUCCUCUUGCAGCUAAUACUUUUUUUCCAACACGUACAAAUUAUUAUCCAUCAGGAAUUGAUGGAUGUAUAAUGAUGCCUGAAGCUCCACCAUUUCCAUUUAAUUCUGCUGGUACAUUAUAUAUGUGUCCUCCAACAUUAACAUCCGUUUCACGUUCAAAUCGUUAUCAUACAAAUGAUUUUUCGUCUUUUCAACAAUCUAAUCGACGUAUGGAAAAUGGAAAUAUAAAUUCAAAUAAUGAUACAAUAAUAAAUUCUUCAUUAUCACCAAGUAAAGAUUCUAAUGAUACAGGUAUAAUUGAUUCAACCACGACAUCAGUUGAUGAUAAUCAACAAACUCAACACAACCAAGAUAUAUCAUUACCUACGCUAGAACUUCGACCAUGUUCAAUUGCUGAUGCACCUUUUAAACUAGUCACAAGAGAUGAUGAACGUGAACGUAGUACAAGUACAGAAAGUAUAACAAGCAGUAGAUGUGAUGAAGAACAAUCGACAAAUCAAGAAGAAAAACAAGAGAACAAUUCUGUCGUUAAUAUUAGUUAA